AUGAGCCAAGAAAGAACGGAAUAUUUCAGUAUUCUUACUGCAAAGCAGCCUUAUGAAGCUACAGAGGCUAUUAGAAUAAGAUUGUCCCAAGCUAAAUUAAUAAAUAAAGAUUUCUACACUCUCUUCAAAGAUAUUGCAGAUUUGAAAAAGAAUUAUGUACAACAAUUGAGAAAAAUUGUUACAGAAAAUGAAGAUUUAAAUAAGCUAUUAGUAAAUCAGAUGUUAGAAAAUCAAGUUUUGACGCCUGAAGAAAUGUCAAAUUUCAAAUUUGAUUCAUUAGGUGAAUUAAAUCAAUUGUGGAGCGUGCUCAUUAAUAGCUUAAAGACAGAUUUAAAUUCCUCUACUGAAUUGUAUGCUGUUUUAAAUAAUCAAGUGGUUCAAAGUUUGAAAACUUCUACAGAAAAUGAUCGUCAUUGGUCCGAAAGUAAACAAUUACAUUCUAAAUUAAGUAAGGUCGCUGCCAGUAUCGAUUAUUAUCAAAAAGAAGGUGACCAAUCAGAGAAGCUAGAUGCAGCAAAUACACAAUGGGCUUCCGAGGUUCCAUAUUUGGUGGAAGUGUUUGAGACACUUGACUAUAAUAGAUUACAAACAAUUAAGGAUUGUUUAUUGUCUUAUCAAAGUGGUCAUAGUGAUUAUUUGUCAACCAUUACAAAUGAUUCUGAGAAGUGUAUGGCCAAAUUUUUGGAAUUCGAACCUAAAAACGAAAUUGAUCGGUUUGCUGCAGCUGCUAACGAAUAUAACUUUAUAUUAAGUAAUAGGCGUCAAGAUAAUUCAAGUAAACAACAUCAGCAACAAGAAAAACAGUCUCAGAAAGAUGAUAUAAGACAGCACAGUUCGAUUAAUAGUCCCCGAAAAAACAAAAAUAGAAGAAGUACAUUGGGUGAGAUCGGACACCGUUUCACCUCUUCUUCUACUGUUCUACAUCAUGAUUUAAUGAAUAGUGAAUUUUCUAGUUCAGAUAAUAACAAAAGUUUAAAUGGUAAAAAAUCGUCUCAUAAGUUAAGAUCAAGAGUUGGAUCAAUAUUUGGUAAGAAAUUCUUGAAUAACAGGAAAUCUCAAAUGUUUAGCUCAAAUCCUGUUAAAAAUACUAUUGCUGAAUCACGAAACUCAAGUAUAACUGAUCUGAGAUCUACUUAUAGUAACAAGUCACGACCUUCAAUGCCACAACAACAAUAUCGUAACUCUUCUAAUAAUAUUUCUUCAAAACAUACAUCAGUUCCUAAACCAAUUGUAUCAGCUGAAACUGAAACUUCCGAGAAUGUUCAAAUAUCACCUGUUCCAGAAACCCCAUCACAGAAUCAACAACAAGACAGCUCUACUGAACAUGAGUCUCCAUAUAUAAGCAACUCUACUGAAAUUACUAGUAUUGAAAAUAAUAGAUUAUCAACUCAAAAUAUUCAAGAGAAAAUACCUGAAUCUAAGCCCAUUAAUAGUUUGUCAAUGGCACAGACACCUUUACAACCACAACAGAAGAACAAACCAUUACCAUUAGAGCCACAGCAACAGUCAACACCAUCUGCAGAGCUACCUUAUAAUGGACUAGAAAACAUUAGAAAUCAUACUCAGGCUCCAGCAGUUCCUCCUUCUAGAAAACAAACCAUCAGUAAUCAUCAAUUACCUUUGACACCUGUAUCUGUCAAAAAGGAAAGUGCCUUGCAGAAACAAGAACAAGAACAAGAACAAGUUGGAACAACUUCAGAUCAACAAAAUACAUCUGUAUUAACUUCACAGAUAACUGGUGAAUUGGCCCAAUUGAAUCCACAGACAACUGGAUCUUCUACCACUUUGAGCGGCCAGUCUGUCUUCCAACAUGAUACAAAGGAUAUUGAGUCUUUUGGUUUGAACGCAAGUAUCGCCGAAGUCAUCAGUGCUACUUUCAAAGAAGGUAUUUUGCAAGAUUCUCAAUUAAUUGGUGAAAUUGCCUUAAAUUAUGUUUUGAAUCCAAAUGGUAAUGGGGAGUUACCUGUGGGAGUUAAUUUAAAGAUAAAUAACGCUGCUAAAUUUGAUAAGGUAAUUAUAAACCAAGCCUUUGUUGAGCAAGUAGAGCAAGAGCAUUUCAAGAUUAAUCCACAAUUUAUUGAUUCAAGGGUUUUGGGUGCCAUUAAAUAUUCAAUAAAAGAUCCUUUAGCACCUAUUGUGGUUCAUCCAAUCUGGAAAUUUGAACCACAUCAGGCCAGUGUUGUCUUAAAUAUUAAGAUAGCACCAUUUGUUCCAGAGAGAAUCAGAAGGUUGGUUUUAGAUGAUUUCGUUGUAUUUGCAUCAAUUGAAGGUGCAGAAGCUACCAAUGCUUUAUCUAAGCCUCAAGGUUCAUUCAGUAAAGAAAAGAAAAGAAUUACUUGGAGAUUUAAAGAACCUUUAGUAUUGGAUAGAGAUUCUAGUGAAACAAGAUUAAUAGCUCGUUUCAUUACCAACGGAUUGGCACAUGAGUCCGAUAAAGGUAUUUCUAUUAAGUUUAUUCUUCAUGAACAAGCUGGUGAAACUAUCGCAGUUGGAAGUAGUAUAUCAUUAGAAAACCAAGAAUUAGAUGUAGAGAAUCCAUUUGGGGGUGAAUGGAACGCGGUUUCAAGUAAGACCACAUUAGUUGCAGGUAAUUAUAUCGGAUUAGCUUAA